CAGGAUUUCUCCCUUCUCUCCCCAAUUCCACAACCUACUAUAAUUUUACUACACGGAGACAUAAUAAAAAAAAAUAAAAAUAAAAAUAAAAAAUCUAAUCAAAUAGGUAUGGCAUCUUCAGUAUCUGACUCUCUUCAUUCCAGAACGCAUCAUGCCUAAGAAACAGAAAUUAACAGACAUGGGUAAUUCUGGUUUUGUUUUAUCUUUCCUUGUCUCGUUUACGUUCUCUCUUUUACUCUCAGUUUGUGGAGACACAGAGCUGAGAGCUCUUUUAGAGGUAAAAGCGUCUUUGGACCCAGAAAACAAGCUGUUGAAGUCAUGGACAGAGAAUGGAGAUCCAUGUAGCGGUUCAUUUAAGGGAAUAGGAUGCAACGAGCAUAGGGAAGUGGCAAACAUUUCGUUACAGGGAAAGGGUUUAAGUGGCAAGUUAUCGCCUGCUUUUUCAAGUCUCAAGUCUUUGUCUGGUCUGUACUUGCAUUACAAUAAUUUGUCUGGAGAGAUACCGAAAGAGAUUGCCAACCUCACUCACUUAACUGAUUUGUAUCUGGAUGUCAAUGAUUUAUCUGGGAGUAUUCCUCCUGAGAUUGGGCACAUGACCAACUUGCAAGUUUUACAGCUAUGUUGUAACCAGCUGACAGGGAAUUUGCCUGCCCAAAUACGGUCCUUGAAGAGCCUAAGUGUUCUUACAUUGCAGCAUAACAGAUUAACUGGUGAAAUUCCUACAAGUCUGGGGAACUUGGGGAUGUUAAGCAGGCUUGAUUUGGGCUUCAAUAGCUUCUUUGGUCCAAUUCCUCGAGGCUUAGCACUUAAUCCACGAUUGGAAGUGCUAGAUGUCCAAAACAAUACUCUUACUGGGAUUGUCCCUCCUGGUUUAAAGAGAUUAAAUGGAAGAUUCCAGUGUCAAAACAACCCCGGUUUGUGUGGAGUUGGGUUUGUUUCAUUGAGAGUUUGCACUGCUUUUGAUAAUAUGAACAUCAACCAGGUUGAGCCCUUCGGAUCACAUGCAAACAAUACAGCUUCCAUCGACAUCCCUGAGUCUACAAAUUACCAGGCACAAUGCAAUCAAACACAUUGCUUAAGAUCAUCAAAAUUACCAAAAGUUUUUAUUGUUGCUGGGGUUGUUACAAUCACUUUCACAUUAGCAGUUACCGGAUUUCUGACCCUUUUUCGCUACCGUAGGCAAAAACAAAAGAUUGGGAAUACGAAAGAGUCUUCUGAAGGUAGACUUAGCACAGAUCUGGCUAAGGAGUUGAAUGGGAAUGGUGCCUCUCCACUUGUGAGUCUUGAAUAUAUUCAUGGAUGGGACCCCUUGGGUCAUGGUCUGCAUGGCAGUGGAUUCUACCAAGAGCAACUAAAUAACUUUAGGUUCAACCUGGAAGAGGUUGAAUACGCAACCCAGUGCUUUUCUGAGGUGAACUUAUUGGGAAGGAGCAACUUUUCAUGUGUUUAUAAAGGAAUUCUAAGAGGAGGUAGUGUUGUAGCUAUUAGAAGCAUUAGUGUGACCAGCUGUAAAUCUGAGGAGGCUGAAUUUGUAAAGGGGUUGAACUUAUUGAAUUCAAUAAGACAUGAAAAUAUUGUUAGGCUGCGAGGCUUUUGUUGCUCAAGGGGCAGAGGAGAAUGUUUUCUCAUCUAUGAUUUUAUCCCCAAGGGAAAGCUCUCUAGAUAUCUUGAUGUGGAUGUUGAAACUGGAAACACUUAUGCACUUGACUGGUCCACAAGAGUUUCCAUUAUCCUUGGCAUAGCAAAAGGUAUUGCAUAUUUACAUGGCAGUGAAUUGAACAAGCCUGCCAUAGUUCACCGGAACAUAUCUGUUGAGAAGAUUCUCCUUGACCAGCAGUUCAACCCAUUGAUUGCAGACUGCAGCCUUCAUAAACUUCUUGCAGAUGACAUUGUCUUUUUAGCUCUUAAAACUAGUGCUGCGAUGGGAUACCUAGCUCCAGAGUAUGUUACCACAGGCCAUUUUACUGAAAAGAGUGACGUAUUUGCAUUUGGAGUGAUCAUCCUCCAAAUUCUCUCCAGUAGACUACUGCUCAGCAGCUCUAUGCGAGUGGCAGCCGAAUCAGGUAUAUUUGAAAAUUUCAUCGAUAAGAAUCUGAAGGGUAAUUUUUCAGAGUCAGAGGCAGCUAUGUUGGGGAAAAUUGCACUGGCUUGCACCCAGGAGCUUCCUGAAAACAGACCUAGCAUGGAAGCGGUAGUUGAGGAGUUAACAAUUGGAACCGCAGCACCAGUGAUGGCCACAUUUUUAUUCCGCUGUUGAUGCAUCAGGGAGAUGGACCUCACUGAAAGGAGGAGCUCUUGCUAAUUGUUUUUCUUUAUAUCUAGAGCCCACAAUGGUUCUAAGGCUUACUGUGAGCUUUAAAAGUUGUUGACUUCUUGUAAAUUGAGUUGCUCCACUGAAAAUUCGUGGCGGAUAAAGUCCUCUUGUGUAGUAUUUAUUAAAUGUAAUAACUUUACCUCUGACUUGGUGAAA